UCACAAAAUAAUUAAGCACAUACACUUGAUUGGAUCAAUAAUUCAUUAUUUCUCUACACAAAUGACCACCUCGUACUUCAUACAUCUUCUCCUUGUUGUGAUCUUUGGCAGCAGCGUUUGUUAUGGGCAUGAGCAUGAAGAUUGCGAGCCAAAAAGAUGCGAUGAGAAGGGCGGCCCAGAGGUUGUGUUCCCGUUUAGACUGAUAGACAAACAGCCGGAUGAGUGCGGGUACCAUGGGGGGUUUGAGCUUUCAUGCACUAAAACCGGUGAAACUGCAAUGAAAAUCCCAUUCCCAGUAAACCCAUCAAUCAACCUUCCAAUUCAUCUCUCCCCCUCCUCACUGAAUUUGAUCGUCAAGACAAUCGAUUACGAAUCUGAGACGAUGGAGAUAUCUAAGGUGGAUGGGUGCCACCCAGCGCUGCUUUCCAUACUAGAUUCAUCAUCAUCUCCCUUCCAAUUUCGCCGGCAAUCACAAGAAGGGAGCGUUGAGAUAAGCUUUUUCAGUUGCUCCUCCUCCACCAUCGGCUCUGGGUCGUCGUCUCAUCAUCAGCUUAUGAUGCCCAUCUCAUGUCUCAACAAACCCGGCGGCGGCCACCAUGUCUAUGCGGUGGCCUCUCACCGGCAAAUCUCUGAUGUUCUCCCGCUCCUAGUUUCUUGCACUAAAAUGUUUAGCGCUUUGUCAAUGGAUUCUUGGGUGCAACCUGGUGGUAGUAUUGAGCUGAAUUGGAAAGCGCGUAGCUGUAAAGAGUGUAGUGGAGCCGCCGGAGGAGGAGACAGGUAUUGCUGGCUGGAGAACACCACUUCACAACAACAACAACUCGAGUGCUCUGCAGAAAAAGGUUUACACGACAUCUGGUUGAGUAUAGAAGAUAUAAGGAGAGAUAUACCACAUCUGUGGGAGGAUUACAAACAAGACAUCUGCGAUAUCAUUGGUUACAUUGCGUUAAGAUUUUUAUUUGGAUUUUUGUUACUUCUCGCAUUAGUGGUGUAUAAACUACGGAGGCGACACUUAUCUGCAUAUGACGCCAUUGAAGACUACCUAAGUGGUCCAAACAAUAAUCUAAUGCCAAUAAGGUACACUUACUCCGACAUCAAGAAGAUGACAAAAGGUUUCAAGCACAAGUUGGGAGAAGGCGGCUUCGGAACUGUGUUCAAAGGAACACUUCGAAGUGGCCCUUUCGUUGCCGUAAAGAUGAUGGGAAAAUCCGGAGCUAUAGGCAAAGAAUUCAUCAGCGAAGUCGCCACUAUUGGCAGGAUUCAUCACACCAAUGUGGUGCGACUCAUCGGCUUCUGUGUCGAAGGCUCGAAACGUGCCCUCGUGUACGAAUUCAUGCCUAAUGGAUCCCUGGAUAAGUACAUAUUCCCGAAGGAAGAACGUCUUUUCUUGAGCUAUGAGAGAACGUUCGAGAUUUCCCUGGGAGUUGCCCGGGGAAUUGACUAUUUGCACCGGGGUUGUGACAUGAGGAUACUGCAUUUCGACAUCAAGCCUCAUAACAUUCUUCUGGACGAGAAUUUUAGCCCGAAAGUCUCGGAUUUUGGGCUUGCAAGGUUGUACCCCACGGAAGGGACUAUACCCUCGCUUACCGCGGUGAGAGGCACAAUGGGGUACAUGGCACCCGAACUAUUCUACAGAAACAUAGGCGCGAUUUCGCAUAAGGCCGAUGUUUAUAGCUUCGGGAUGUUGAUAAUGGAAAUGGCGGGGAGAAGGAAAAACUUCAACCCAUUGGCAGAGCAGAAGAGCCAAAUUUACUUCCCUACCUGGGUUUACGAGCAAUUAUUGAAAGAUGAAAAGGGCAUAAUCGAUAUGGGAGAUUCGAGCAGCUGGGAAGAAAACAGGUUGGUGAAGAAGAUGAUAAUGGUGGCACUGUGGUGCAUUCAAAUGAAGCCCGAAGAGCGGCCAAGCAUGAACAAAGUUGUGGAGAUGCUUGAAGGGGAGGUGGAAGGGGUAGAGAUGCCACCCAAACCAUUUCUAUCUCAUGAUGAAUUGCCAGCUGAUGAGAACUCCAUUGCUGAAACUCCGAGCUUGGACUCAUCGCUCUUUUCAUCGUCAGAUCACCCCUUGUGGUCCUCUAGUCUAGAGUCACAUAAAAACUAAAGAAUAUAAUAUGUAUUUGAGUUUCCAUUGAUGCAUAUUGUAGUAUAUCAAAUUGAACAAGCUUGAUUUGCUAUGAUGUAGUGCAUUUCUG